CGGUCCACUCCUCACCCAUUGUCCUGCUUUAGCAACUUUUUUACCCUAAGUCCUUUUCCACCUUUUUUUAUUUAAACAUUAAGUUAUAAAUAUGGGAGUUCCCGCAUUCUUUAGGUGGCUUUCGGAUAAAUUCCCAAAAGUUAUUACGACCGUAAUUGAAGAACAUCCUAAGACAGUGAAUGGAGUCGUUAUACCUGUAGAUACAACCAAGCCUAACCCCAAUAACGAAGAAUUUGAUAAUCUUUAUUUAGACAUGAAUGGUAUUAUUCAUCCCUGUUGUCACCCUGAAAACAAGCCUGCUCCUGCUACUGAAGACGACAUGAUGAUCGCAAUCUUUGAGUACAUGGAUCGUGUUGUUGACAUGAUUCGCCCUCGUAAACUUCUUUACAUGGCUAUUGAUGGCGUUGCUCCUCGUGCUAAAAUGAAUCAACAGCGCGCACGUCGUUUCCGUGCCUCCCAGUUGGCUCAGAUUGAACACGAAGCAGCUGACAGAAUUGCUAAUGAAUUAUCAGCUAUCGGUCAAUCUCAUCAAUUACCGGAAAAGAAGGAGCACUUCGACUCUAAUUGUAUCACACCUGGUACCCCUUUCAUGGCUCAUUUAGCAACCUGUCUCCGCUAUCAUAUCGCAGCUAAACAAAACUCUGAUCCCCUAUGGAAAAAUCUUAAAGUCAUUCUUUCAGAUGCGACCGUUCCUGGAGAAGGUGAACAUAAGGUCAUGGAAUUUAUUCGCGUUGAGAGAUCUCGGCCUGAACACAAUCCCAAUACCAAGCAUGUCAUGUAUGGUUUAGAUGCUGAUCUUAUUAUGCUCGCCUUGGGAACACAUGAACCUCAUUUUAAAGUAUUACGUGAAGAUGUCUUUGUUGACAAUAAAAAUAGAAAUAGUUGCUUUAAAUGUAAGCAACCUGGACAUGCUGCGAACCAGUGCAAAGUAUCUGACGAGGCUAUUGCUGAAAUGAAGAGAGAGGAAGCCAAACUUGCAGUACCUAAACCAUAUGUUCUGCUUCACGUGAAUGUUUUGAGAGAGUAUUUGGAGCACGCACUUAAAUUUAAUAUACCUGGAAUUCCCUGGGAUUUGGAAAGAGCUAUUGACGAUUGGGUUUUUAUGUGUUUCUUUGUUGGUAACGAUUUUUUGCCUCAUCUUCCCUCCCUUGAAAUUAGAGAAGGUGCUAUCAGUACUUUGAGUUUGUUGUGGAAGAGUACUAUGCCUAUGAUAGGUGGCUACAUGACUCACAAUGGCGAUGUCGAUCUUAAACGUGUUCAAGUUUUAGUCACAGAGUUGGGUAAAAUGGAAGACGAAAUCUUUUCCGAAAGAAAGAGGACGGAAGAAAAACGUGCUCAAGGUGCUAAGAGAAGAAGAUUAGAAAACGAUAGACGUGCCCGUGAAACCAAGACUUUUGAUCCCAGAGGUCCUAACUUUGGCGAUAUGACCGCAGCCCCUGUUAAUGAUCCUAACGCUGUGAUGUCAAACAGAGAUGUUGUCGCAAAUAGAGCUGCUAUUCGUAUAGCCAAUAUUAAUGCUGCUGCUGCAUUAAAGGCUGAAUUAUCAGGCGCACCACCUCCUGUUGCUAUUACAGAAGAAGCGUCUGAAAUUGCUGGCGUUAAGAGAAAGGUUGAAGAAAUUGAGGAUGCUGGUGAGAUGGAAGAUGUUGUAUCGGACAUUAUCGAGAAAGAUGACGAGCCUGUUGAAGACGCCGAAACUACUGCUAAAGCAAUUUUAAAGAGAGUUGAGGACGAGAAGAAAGCAAAGGAUGAGGCCGCCCGUCAGCGCGAGCCGGAUGAUGAAGUCCGUCUUUGGGAAGCCGGUUGGAAGGAAAGAUACUACAAGUCUAAAUUUGGUAUUACUUUGCAAGAACGAGAUGCCAUCAGAGAGAUUGUUAAAUCCUACUGUGAGGGUCUUGUCUGGGUUUUUAAAUAUUAUUAUCAAGGCUGUGUUUCAUGGUCUUGGUAUUAUCCUUACCAUUAUGCACCUAUGGCGUCCGACUUUGUCAAUAUUGAUACAUUUGAUAUCAAGUUUGAUUUAAAUGCACCCUUAAAACCAUUUGAACAAUUGAUGGGUGUAUUGCCCGCCGCAAGUAAAAUGCAUUUACCUAAGGCAUUCCAUAAAUUGAUGACUGAAGGUGAAUCUCCUAUUAUUGAUUUCUAUCCCACAGAAUUUGAUGUUGAUAUGGAUGGUAAAAAAUGGGAAUGGCAAGGUGUUGUGAAGUUACCGUUUAUUGAUACAAAACGUCUUUUAAAGGCAAUGGAUACUGUAUACGAUCAACUGAAUGAAGAAGAGAGACAAAGAAACUCAGAAGGUCCAAGUGUCUUAUAUGUCAGCGAACUUCACAAAGCAUACAAUUCUAUCAGUAACGUAUACACAAAGAGAGCAACAAAUGAAAGAAUGAUUUUGGACGCUCGACUGAGCGACGGUUUAACUGGUGAAAUCGAUAAGGACCCAGAGUGUAUUCCUAGAAGCACCUUCCGUACUCCUUUACCCGACUUUGAUUUACCGGAUAUUGCUAAUGAUAAAUCCAUCAGCGUGUCUUAUUUCUUACCGAAUACUGAAGGAACACAAUUCUCUUCACAAUUAUUAAAAGGACUCAAAUUAGACAACUCUUUGGGGUAUGAGGAUAUUCAAUUAGCAACUUUUGAAAAGAUCGAUAAUCGUCAACGUUACAAUAACAACCGUGGCUGGACUGCACAAGUGAAUCACAUGGAAGAUUAUCGCGAGUAUAACAACCGUGGUAGAGGCCGUGGCGGAAAUAACAAUCAUCGCAAUGACCCUUCUCGUGGAUACGGUGGUGGUUAUAACCAUGGCUAUGAUGAUGGUUCAAGAUUCCCCGGUACUCAACAGUACGGUGGAAAUCAAAGACGCGACUAUUCCCAACAGGGUGGUUAUAACCAAGGCGGUGGCGGCUACCAAAAUAGUGGCUAUGGGCAACAAAAUAGUGGCUAUAACCAACAGCCACAGUACGGUAGUGGUGGUGGUGGUUAUGGUCAAGGAUACAAUCAACACCAAGGUGGUGGGGGUGGAUAUGGUCAGCAACAGCCUUAUUAUAAUAAUCAGCAAGGUGGUAAUGGCUACGGUAACAACAAUAGAGGUGGACGUGGAGGAAAUAGAGGAGGAGGAUACGGAAAUAACAGAGGUCGAGAAGGUGGACGUGGAUACUAUUAGGCACAGAUAUUUAUAUAUAUUAAAAAUAAAUAAAAUAUCUUCAAGUGAUUAUGAGACA